AUGCUAUGUCUUCUUUUCUCUGCUUGCAUUAUGACGGGAUACAGGGAUGAUAUUAAGCACACUCUUCCCUCUUCUAUGCUGUCUCUUUUCUCUGCUUGCAUUAUGACAGGAUACAGGGAUGAUAUUAAGCACACUCUUCCCCUCUUCUAUGCUGAUACAGGGAUGAUAUUAAACACACUCUUCCCUCUUCUAUGCUCUGUCUCUUUUUCUGCUUGCAUUAUGACAGGAUACAGGGAUGAUAUUAAGCCUCUUCCCUCCUCUAUGCUGUGUCUCUUUUUCUCUGCUUGCAUUAUGACAGGAUACAGGGAUGAUAUUAAGCACUCUCUUCCCCUCUUCUAUACUGAUACAGGGGAUGAUAUUAAGCACCUCUUCCCUCUUCAAUGCUCUGUCUCUUUUCUCUGCUUGCAUUAUGACAGGAUACAGGAUGAUAUUAAGCACACUCUUCCCUCUUCUAUGCUCUCUUUUUUCUCUGCUUGCAUUAUGACAGGAUACAGGGAUGAUAUAAGCACACUCUUCCCUCUUCAAUGCUAUGAUACAGGGAUGAUAUUAAGCACCUCUUCCCUCUUCUUCCCUCUUCUGCUAUGUCUCUUUUUCUCUGCUUGCAUUAUGACAGGAUACAGGGAUGAUAUUAAGCACACUCUUCCCUCUUCUAUGCUAUGUCUCUUUUUCUCUGCUUGCAUUAUGACAGGAUACAGGGAUGAUAUUAAGCACACUCUUCCCUCUUCUAUGCUAUGUCUCUUUUUCUCUGCUUGCAUUAUGACAGGAUACAGGGAUGAUAAGCACACUCUUCCCUCUUCUAUACUAUCUCACAUUAUGACAGGAUACAGGGAUAAUAUUAAGCACACUCUUCCCUCUUCUAUGCUAUGUCUCUUUUUCUGCUUGCAUUAUGACGGGAUACAGGGGAUGAUAUUAAGCCUCUUCCCUCUUCUAUGCUAUGAUACAGGGGAUGAUAUUAAGCACACUCUUCCCUCUUCUAUGCUAUGUCUCUUUUUCUCUGCUUACAUUAUGACAGGAUACAGGGAUGAUAUUAAUCACCUCUUCCCCCUCUUCUAUGCUAUGUCUCUUUUUUCUGCUUACAUUAUGACAGGAUACAGGGAUGAUAUUAAGCACCUCUUCCCCUCUUCUAUGCUGUCUCUUUUUCUCUGCUUACAUUAUGACAGGAUACAGGGGAUGAUAUUAAGCACACUCUUCCCCUCUUCUAUGCUAUGUCUCUUUUCUCUUAACACAUUAUGA